AUGAUGUCUGGCGAAGCGUGGCUUUACCUGUUGUCGGUGUUGAUCAACGCCGUCAACCUCUUCUUGCAGGUCUUCUUCACGAUCAUGUAUAGCGACUUGGAAUGUGACUACAUCAAUCCCAUCGAUCUGUGCAACCGCCUCAACGCCUACAUAAUCCCUGAGGCUGCCGUCCACGGCUUCCUGACUAUCCUCUUCAUCAUCAAUGGCUACUGGGUCGCCAUCGUCCUGAACUUGCCCCUUCUAGCCUACAAUGCGAAGAAGAUCUAUGACAACCAGCACCUGCUGGAUGCGACAGAGAUCUUCCGCAAGCUGAAUGUGCACAAGAAGGAAUCGUUCAUCAAGCUAGGAUUCCACCUCUUGAUGUUCUUCUUCUACCUCUACAGCAUGAUCGUCGCUCUGAUCCGCGACGAGGGCCACUGA